UGAUAUCUUAGCACAUAAUGGGUGGAGCUUUUCCAAAGGACAUUUCCGGUAUAUAUGUUGUUUGACAGAAGAGUUUGACGAGAACAUCGGAGGUCAGCAUUGUUUGAUGGACCAGCUCUGUGACGUGGUGGCGAGGUUAGAAUGGGACAGAGCACUUCGGGACAAGAGUCCCCGGAUCCACCAGAGCGGAUGCUGUUAACUGACCGUUUUACAUGCCCUGACCCAAACCCCUUGGAAGAUUCAUUUGAUCUUACCCAGCAGGACGGCUUUGGCAACCUCAAGACUUUUGUGGAGGACCAACUGCAGACCAGCAUGAUGUUGGGCAUUGUGAUUGGCGCAGGCAUCGCCAUUGUUCUUAUUGCCAUCCUGAUCUUCUUCGUGAUGCGCAGGAUACAGCUUCGAAAUUUAGAAUCCCAGGAAGCUCCCAAAUACCGUUUCCGGAAAAGGGACAAAGUCAUGUUCUAUGGACGUAAGAUCAUGCGCAAAGUGUCCCAGUCUACCUCGUCUCUGGUGGGGACGGCGUCCUCCUCUCGUCCCCGUCUCAAGAAGAAACAGAAGAUGCUCAACAUUGCCAAAAAGAUCCUGCGCUUUAAGAAGGAGGUGCCCAUUCUUCAGUUAAAGGAGCCUCCUCCCUCCGUGCUGGAGGCCGACCUCACGGAGUUUGACGUGGCCAACUCACACCUCCCUUCAGAGGUGCUCUAUAUGCUCAAAAACGUCCGGGUCCUGGGCCACUUUGAGAAGCCCCUGUUCCUGGAGCUGUGCAAGCACAUGGUGUUCCUGCAGUUCCAGCAGGGCGAGUACGUCUUCAGGCCCGGCCAGCCCGACAGCAGCAUCUACGUGGUGCAGGACGGCAAGCUGGAGCUGUGCCUUACCGGACAGGAUGGAAAAGAUGGUGUGGUGAAGGAGGUCUAUCCUGGAGACAGCGUGCAUAGUUUGCUCAGUAUCCUGGACGUCAUCACCGGCCACCAAAAGCCAUACCGCACAGUGUCAGCGCGGGCGGCCGAGGUCUCUACCGUGCUACGGCUGCCUGUAGAAGCCUUCCUGUCCAUCUUUGAGAAAUACCCCGAGAGCUUGGUGCGCGUCGUGCAGAUCAUUAUGGUUCGCCUCCAGAGAGUGACAGUGAUGGCUCUGCACAACUACCUGGGCCUCACUAAUGAGCUCUUUAGCCAUGAGAUGCAGCCCCUGCGCCUGCUGCCUCCCUCUCCGCACCCCAGCCGCACCAGCCCCGUGCGGCACGGAAAACGCUUCGGCAGCCUCACGGUCACCGAGGAACAGCGCGAGGCCGCCGUCAGGGAGGCCACAGGAGGUGAGCAGGGGAAAGACGGAUCUACAGUGCCAACACUCAGUCGUGCAAUUUCCAUGCCUGUGGACAUAGCUGGCAUUCAGAAGGGCCUGCGGUCUGACUUUGACAUGGCAUACGAGCGUGGCCGCAUCUCUGUGUCGGCAGAGGACGGUAAUACCCCACCCACCUUCUCACGGUCUGUGUCACAGGACCAGAGGGAGAGGAAGGUGACGGUGGACGAGGCGCCGUCUGGAGUCUACCUCUACCCCGAGGAGGAGGGCUUCGAGAGCGUCUACGGCGCGUCGCCGUCGGGGCGACACAACCCUGCCCUGUUCGAGGAGGCCCAGAAGGAGAUCCUCAAACUCAUGAAGAUCGAGGACCCUGCGUUGUUGAAUGGGAGGGUGACGCUGCACCAUGCCAAAGCAGGGGCCGUCCUGGCCAGACAGGGAGAUCAGGACGUGAGUCUGCACUUCAUAUUGUCGGGGUGCCUGCACGCGUACCAGCGGAUGAUCGACAAGCAGGAGGCCGUGUGUUUGUUCGUGACCCAGCCGGGCGAGAUGGUGGGCCAGCUGGCCGUGCUCACCGGCGAGCCGCUCAUCUUCACCAUCAAGGCCUUGCGCGACUGCACCUACCUCAAGAUCUCCAAAUCCGACUUCUACGAGAUCAUGAGGGAGCAGCCCAGCGUGGUGCUGAGCGCCGCCCACACGGUGGCCGUCCGCAUGUCGUCCUUCGUGCGCCAGAUGGACUUCGCCAUCGACUGGAUGGCCGUGGAGGCUGGCCGCGCUCUCUACAGACAAGACGAUCAGUCAGACUGCACCUACAUCGUCCUGAACGGCCGUCUGCGUUCGGUCAUCCGCAAGGCCAACGGCAAGAAGGAGUUGGUCGGGGAGUAUGGUCGCGGUGACCUCAUCGGCGUGGUGGAGGCACUGACCAGGCAGCCGCGCGCCACCACGGUCCACGCCGUGCGAGACACAGAGCUGGUGAAGCUACCCGAGGGCACGCUCAACAACAUCAAGAGACGCUACCCUCAGGUAGUGACUCGACUGAUUCACCUGUUGGGCCAGAAGAUUCUGGGGAACCUUCAGCAGACGCGGGGCCCUUUCUCAAGUUCUGCGUUGGGCUUACCCUCCCUGGGUUCCAGCCCUGACGUCACCAACCCCGCCAGUAACCUCUCCACUGUGGCCGUCCUGCCCGUGUGCGACGAUGUGCCAAUCAAUGCCUUCAACCUGGAGCUAAGCCACGCCCUCAGUGCCAUAGGACCCACCCUGAUGCUGACGAGUGAAAUUAUCAGGGAGCGACUCGGAGCAUCAGCCCUCGACAGUAUCCAUGAGUAUCGGUUGUCUGGCUGGCUGGCCCAGCAGGAGGACAUCAACCGGAUCGUGCUCUACCAGACGGACAGCACCAUGACGCCCUGGACCCAGCGCUGCAUCCGGCAGGCCGACUGCAUCCUCAUCGUGGGCCUGGGGGACCAGGAGCCCGCCCUCGGCCAGCUGGAGCAGAUGCUGGAGAACACAGCCGUUCGGGCCCUGAAGCAGCUGGUUCUGCUGCACCGCGAGGACGGACCCGGACCCUCCAGAACCGUGGAGUGGCUCAACAUGCGCAGCUGGUGCUCGGGUCACCUGCACCUCCGGUGCCCACGCAGGGUCUUCUCCCGACGGAGUCCAUCCCGACUGAGAGAGGUGUAUGAGAAGGUGUUUGAGAAGACAGCAGACCGCCACAGUGACUUCUCCCGCCUGGCGCGAGUCCUGACUGGGAACAGCAUAGCACUGGUGCUAGGAGGAGGGGGAGCCAGAGGGUGCUCACAUGUGGGCGUGAUCAAGGCCAUGGAGGAGGCGGGCAUCCCCAUCGACAUCGUGGGCGGCACUUCCAUCGGCUCGUUCAUCGGUGCCUUGUAUGCGGAGGAACGCAGCGCCGUGCGCGUCAAACAGCGAGCACGGGAGUGGUCCAAGGCAAUGAACUCCGUGUUCAAAACGGUCCUUGAUCUGACCUAUCCCAUCACCUCCAUGUUCUCAGGCGCCGCCUUCAACACCAGCAUCUCCAACGUGUUUGAGGACAAGCAGAUUGAGGACCUGUGGCUGCCCUACUUCAACGUGACCACUGACAUCACGGCCUCGUCCAUGCGGGUCCACCAGGACGGCUCUCUGUGGCGCUAUGUGCGGGCGAGCAUGACCCUCUCGGGGUACCUGCCGCCCCUCUGCGACCCCAAAGAUGGCAACUUGCUCAUGGACGGUGGCUACAUCAACAACCUCCCAGCCGACAUCGCUAGGACGCUCGGCGCCAAGACCGUCAUUGCCAUCGACGUGGGCAGCCAAGAUGAAACCGACCUCUGCAACUACGGUGACAGCCUCUCGGGCUUCUGGUUGCUGUGGAAACGACUCAACCCCUGGGCGGAAAAAGUCAAGGUCCCCGACAUGGCGGAGAUCCAGUCGAGGCUGGCGUACGUGUCGUGCGUGCGGCAGCUCGAGCUGGUGAAGAAGAGCGCGUACUGCGAGUACAUCCGGCCGCCCAUCGACCGCUUCAAGACCAUGGACUUUGGCAAGUUUGACGAGAUCCACGAUGUUGGGUUUCAGCAUGGUAAGCUGCUCUUCACGGGUUGGGCUAGGGGCGACAUCAUUGACAACAUGCUGAAAGACUACCGGUCGGCCGACUACAACGACAGCAAGAAGACCGACUCCUGCACGUGCCCGGGAGCGGACUUCACCGACCUGGCCGAGAUCGUGUCUCGGAUUGAGCCAGUCCAGACCUUUGUAGCUGCUGAUGCAGAGGAGUCCGAUUGCCUGACUGAGUACGAGGAGGACGGCAUGGACACGGUGCGGGAGGAAGAGGGCGAGGGCGAAGGCGAGGAAGAGGAGGAUGACGGCGACGACCCGGAUGACCACUCCCCCGGCGAGUGGGGCCAGAACGGAGUCUUCCAGGCAGAUGUGUCCCAGGACGAGGAGAAGUCCGUCCGCCAGCGCCGGAAAACCCCUGGCGAUUCCAACACCUGCUCCGAGGUUUCAGACUGCUGACGUCACCCGACCUACCCCAGGUACUGAAAGGUCAGAGAUGAGGGGUCGGAGUGAGAGGGAAAAGGCUUGACCUCCCCCCACUCACACAAACACCUUGGAAGAGCAGCCUCCCUUGGAGACACAAAAGCAGAGGAGAACCAAAGAUACAAGCCCCCCGCCCCCCGCCCUUGGGGUGAAUGGAGCACGGACUCUAGGACCUAUUGAAUUGAGGGAAACCGUGUGUGUGUGUGUCUGUGUGUGUGUCUGUGUGUGUGUGUGUGUGUGUCUGUUCUCUCUUGUCUCCACUUAGCUUGCCCCACCCAGCACGACUGCAGACAAACUGAUGUCUGAUGACGCCGUUGUCCAAUAAAUAAACACUAAUCAUUAAUCACUAAUCAUUAAUUUAUUAAACCUUCUCCCACCACCGGUUUUCCUAAUGAUUUCCUCAGAAACUUCCCAGGAAGCAGCUGAAAAACAAUGUGUACUAAAACAAUAUAAUUGCAAGAUAUGAGUUAUUAUAUCUACACUUGUGAGGGGAGUGUGGAGGAAGGUGUGUGUGUGUGUGUGUGUGUGUGUGUGUGUGAGAACAAAAGUUGUUCCGUCUGUAUGUGAUCUUAAUUUAUUUGCCAUACUGUGAGUGAUACGUUUUGGAAUAAUGUGGGAAACCGUUCAAAAAAAUAUAACGAUUACACCCUUAAUGAUUCGUUUCAACUGGCCAGUGUGAUGAAAGGGCAUUGAAAGUAUUGAAAAAUGUUGUGGUCACCUGACGUACAGUAAACGUAUGCAGUGACGCCUUGCUAAAGGAGAGACCGUGGAAAAGGAAACGUAGGGAGGGAAUCAGAUUGUCCACUUGCAGAUCAGUGCAAUGAAGGGGAUGUAGAGGGCUACAGGUAGGAUAUGUAGUAUUUGAAGUAGGGGACGACUUUUAAAUGGAGAUUCAGAAGUAGGGUUGGAGAAAUACUGUUUGAAGGGAGAUAUUUUGUGGGUCGAGGUUUGGAACACGGUGGAAAUGUAGGGGAGA